AUACUGAGAGUUUCUGGCUUAUCAUUAUCCUAAAAUAUAUCUGUAGAUAAGUUUAGCUGCUCUGUACUGUUUGUUUUGACUGCAAAAAGAAAGAAAGAAAUGCAGGCAACUUGAGUGUACUAACCGGUGUUCUGUGUGGGUAGUCUUCAGGCACUGGCCGUUAUCUGUAACAACGUGUUUAUAUUGGUAACAGAUAGGCCGUCGUGUUCACUGCACAUCCUUGACACCCUGUGCGUUGAGUGAUGGUGCUGUUUUAUCUGUGAGGUGACGAGAACAUGGCCUUGUCUGAUGGGGCUAUAAAGGGGCCGAAGCAGCCAACUGUUCCUCAGAUUCCACUUCUAACUCGCCGUGCCCACAUUUCAAGUGUAGUCACUCAUUCAUCUAUUGAAAAAAACUUUUAAAAUGUUGCCUGCAACGUUCAAACUGUGUGCUGGCAUUUCCUACAGGCACAUGAGAAACAUGACAGGUCUGAGGAAGAACGCAAUAAUUGCAAUCCAUCAUGAGCUGAACAAGCUUUCCGGACCUGGACCUAGUGCCUGGAUCAACCACAUCCGAAGAAGGAGCUCCGUUCUCAGCAGUCGGACUGCAAAGGAGACGUACAAUGAAGCUGAGCAGUGUUAUGUGCAGCAGGGACAGCAAGCUCUGCAGAAGUCCAUCAGCAUCCUCACUGACCAGGAUGGCUGGCAAACCGAGAUUGAGAGUGUCAAUGGUGAUAAGGUGAUGAGUAAAGUACUACCAGACAUUGGCAAGGUUUUUAAGUUAGAAGUGAUGCUGGCACAGAAGACGGAUGAUCUAUAUGAGGAGCUGGUGGAUAACAUGGAACAAAUGGGGGAGUGGAACCCAAAUGUCAAACAAGUCAAGAUUCUUCAGAAGAUCGGUCAGGAUACUAUGAUCACCCAUGAGGUUUCAGCUGAAACACCUGGGAAUGUGGUGGGCCCUCGAGACUUUGUAAGUGUCCGCUGUGCCAAGCGGAGGGGAUCUACGUGCUUCCUGGCCGGCAUGUCCACUCAGCACCCUGGAAUGCCUGAGCAAAAGGGGUUUGUAAGGGCUGAGAAUGGACCCACCUGUAUUGUGAUGCGACCAAGUGCAGAAGAUCCCAAUAAGACAAAAUUUACCUGGUUGCUCAGUUUAGACCUUAAGGGUUGGAUCCCAAAAACCGUCAUCAACCGAGUACUUUCGCAAACCCAGGUGGAUUUCGCAAACCAUCUCAGGCACAGAAUGGCAUCCAGUGGUGGUGUAGAAGCAGCCAUUGCCUGCUGACAUCCACAUUUCUACACUAAAAACAGAUGCCAUAACAAGGACGACUCUUUUCAGGGUCAAGCUCGUCCCACCCAAAACCGUCCCACCCAUUUCAGUAAAAAUGUCACACAGAUAUGGAAUUUAAAUGAUCUAUCAAAACAAUAUGCUGCUCUUUGUUCGAGCCAUUCUAUUUAAAAUGUUUUCACAUGCACAGAAGUGUAAUAACUAAAAAUGGAUGCUGGAGGUUGCUGGGUCAUUGCAGUAGAAAUUUAAAUUUAGAUUUCAACCCAAUGGUAAACUCAGUCUACUUCUUCUGUCACCUUCAUCUUUUGGCUUGAACUUCCUUUUAUUCACUCAUAUACUUCUGCACAACACCACUGACUAUUAAUUAUUGGCUUAUUAGUUCCUAUUUUAUCAUUGUUUGUAAUAAAUAAAAGAAGUAAAUAAAAUAAAUAAAGAAGUAUUUAUUUUAAGUUAAUAUUAUUAUUGCGUCACCAUGGGAAAGGAUGUCUGCUUAGUGAAUAUUCAUUAAAACUAUUCAAA